AAAGGUUACAUUGGCUAUUGCUUUUUUUUCUACUUAGUGCACUUCUAUAGGGAACACGGAGCAAUUUUAGUUUCAGCCAGUGACGCUUAUGGAAACCUUCUAACAGUGCUGCAUGUUAGUGUUGGCGCUCUCAGAGUGCGCUUGUUUGUUAUAGUAUUAGCCGUAUUUGUUUAUAUUGAGAGACAUUGUGGUGUACAUUUUUAGAGUCGCAUAUUAAUUUGUUUACGGUAAUUUGAAAGCAGCGAGCAAGUCAAGAGCGAACGUAAUUACUGGCGUAGCUGCGAAAGAAGAUAAAACCAGAAUUCAGUAAAUUCUCUGCUAAUACAACAUGGAUGAGAACCUAAAAGAGACAGAAACCAAAGCUGUGGAUGAAACCGAAAUAAAAGAUGAACAUACUGAAGAAACUGUAAUCCCUGAAGAGCAAGAAGAGGAAGAUGAAGAGGCAUUACCACAUUCAGAAUUUUUGGAUAUUUUUGAAGAAGGACUGGCUUUAAUUGUACAGGACCCUUUACUAUGUGAUCUGCCCAUUCAGGUCACAUUGGAGGAGAUAAACUCUCAGGUAGCUCUGGAGUAUGGCCAGGCCAUGACUGUUCGUGUUUGUAAAGCUGAUGGAGAAGUUAUGCCUAUUGUGGUUGUGCAGUCUGCUACAGUGCUGGACUUGAAGAAAGCUGUUCAGCGCUACAUGGAGCUGAAGCAGCAGCGUGAAGGAGGUAUCAAACACAUCAGCUGGAGAUACGUGUGGCGGACAUUUCACCUUGUCUUUAAUGGAGAAAGACUAGAGGAUGACAAAAAGAAACUGAAAGACUAUGGAAUACGAAACAGAGAUGAGGUGACUUUCAUGAAGAAACUGAGGAAGAAAUGAUUGUAUUUGAGAGCUCUCCUUCAGACCUUUCUUGAAAUAAGCAUCUGAACUCCAGACGGUUCCUUGAUCCAGAAAUAUGCAGCCUCACAAUUAACCCCAUGUUUUAAAUAUUGAAGCUUCUUCCUGGUGUCAUGAUAUAAAAUCCCCUCUGAGAAUAACACACUGUCAAUUCA